AUGAGAGGAGCGAGGGCGAUGCUGCACGUAAAGGGGCCAUUUGGUAAGGUAAGGGGAGCACGUUAUAUAGUGAUUGAGGCCUUGUGUGAUGAGGAGGAGGAGGAGGAGGAGGAGGAGGAGGAUGAGGAGGAGGAGGAGGAGGAGGAGGAGGAGGAGGAGGAGGAGGAGGAGGAGGAGGAGGAGGAGGAGGAGGAGGAGGAGGAGGAGGAGGAGGAGGAGGAGGAGGAGGAGGAGGAGGAGGAGGAGAGGAGCGAGGGCAACGUCUCAAAAAUAGGAGGAUACGGGUGA